AUGACGCUGUACCUUGGCCACACGCUGGCAGCUAGUCAUGACCUAUCACACUUUGUCCCAGCUCCUGCUCCGGAGGAUAUUGGGAAGCAUUCUGAGAAUCCGUCUGCCGCGAAAGCAGGAGAACCCUCGACAGAGCCCGAAACGGCUGACGACAACAACAGCGAGGAUGCAAACAGCCAAAACUUGGUCUUCAGGGUCAUGCCGGAUCCCCGGCUGCAACCCAUGGACAACAUGGCAUACGGUACCAGUGCACGGCCACCUAUCAAGGGCUUCGCCACCGCAAUCGUUGAGCUUCCGGUAGAGCUCAUGGUGGACGAUGACAAGACCAGUGCAUUGCCGGCGACAGCCCAGCCGCUGCGUCGUCGACGACUCAUCUUCAUCGGCGACGUGCACGGCCAGCGCAGCUCUCUCGACGCGCUGCUCGAAAAGGUCGGCUUCAGCCCCACCCACGACCAUCUGGUGCUGACGGGCGAUCUCGUCAACAAGGGACCCGACAGUGCCGGCGUCGUGAAGCUUGCCAUGGAAGUUGACGCCAGCGCUGUGCGCGGAAGCAACGACGACCGAGUACUGCUUGCAUAUGAGGCCGUGCAGGCCACCAAGAGCAUCAGUCGGGCCCGCGGCUUGCUGAACAUGAUGUCCAGGCCGGCUGACCUAAGUCGAGACGAGGCCGCCCGGAAGCGAAAGCAGCUUAGCAUCGAGGUGGAGGGCAGACGGGAGCGAGCUCGGGCGCGGUUGCGACGAGAAGAAGAAGAGAGACUCUAUCAGCGGGAAGAAGCCGAAGAAGAAGAAGAAGCCGGGCCUCUCUGGGGCAUCUUUUCCUUCCUAGGCUUCGACAAAGACAGCCAGAGCGAGGAGGAGCAGAGCGAGGAAUACACGCUGGACCUCGACCGAAUCAACGCCGAUUUGGACGCACAGCUCGGCCACGACUCGUCCACAUAUGACGAUGACCAAGAGCGAGCUGUUGCUGCCAGCCUGUCGCCCGAGCAGUACCGCUGGCUGUCUAGCCUGCCCGCAAUCCUGCACAUUGGCUCCAUCGUGCCGGUGGCCACGAAAGUCACGAAAGUAACAGAAGCCGAAUCGUCGUCUUCUUCGUCUCCCGCCCAGUUCGAAGACGUUGUCGUUGUUCAUGGCGGUCUCGUGCCAGGCCUCUCGCUCGCCAGCCAGGACCCGAUGGCCGUCAUGACUAUGCGCAGCCUCGUGCAUCCGGCCGACGAGUUGCGUCGGGAACGGGCUCGGGACAUGAUCGAAUACGACACACGGCUGCGGUCACGCGGCUACAUUCGGCCCACCGAUUACGUCUACGUGUCCGAGCAAAAGGUCGACCGGGUCUUCCACAAGCUGCAGCACGCCGUCUAUGGGCCCGACCUGCAGCACCCGCUGGCCUCGAUCGGCUCCUCCUCAUCUUCUCAACCGGCUCUCCUCACCACUUCACCCUCCGACCUUGUGCUGCUGCCUGUUGAGGCUCACUUUAGCGAGGCCGAGGACGACAGCCGGAUGCCUUGGGCAGCUAUCUGGAACCAGGUGCAGCAUGCCAAGGCAGCGUCAGAGUUCCGCACCACUGUCAUCUACGGACACGACGCCAAGACGGGUUUGGCAGUGCCGCCACAGACACUGAGGCAGCAAUUACAUUCCACGCAAUCGGCAUCGGCAUCGACAUCGGCAUCAACAUCGACAUCGUCACCAGGUUGGCUAGCCAGUGUGUUCAGCAUUUUCGGCAUUUUCGGCCAUGGUCGGAGAAACGGCGGCCGAGAUUCCGGCUACACCUUUGGGCUUGACUCGGGCUGUGUCUACGGCAACCAACUGACGGCCCUGAUCGUCGAAGCUGGCUCAGACGGUAGCGUGCAGCACUACAUUGAGCAGGUGGACUGCCCGAAGGCGUCAUAG